CGAGUGAGAGCUAGUUUAGCCUGUAUUGGCGAGUGUGAGAAUGAGAGAAAUGGAUUUGUUAGCAAGUUCCUUGCUAGGUCUGCUAUUGACUUGGUUUCUGUUUCAAGCUUUCCUCUCCAUUAAAAAUGGAAAUAAAUCAAGCCAACGCAAGCUCCCGCCUGGUCCACGCCGGAUUCCAAUCUUCGGCAACCUCUUCGAUCUUGGGGAUAAACCCCACAGGUCUUUGGCUAAGUUUGCUCAGAUUCAUGGCCCCGUUAUGAGUCUCAAACUCGGCAGCUUAAUCACCGUCGUCGUCUCCUCGGAAACAACGGCCAAAGAGAUCCUUCAAAAACAGGACCUUAUAUUCUGCAACCGAACCAUUGUGGAUGCAAUUCGAGCCAGCCAACACCAUGAAUUUGGGAUGCCAUGGAUACCUGUGUCGCCGCUUUGGAGAACUCUUCGCAAAGUUGGUAAUACCCAUAUUUUCUCUAGUCUGAAACUCGAUGCCAAUAAAUACCUGCGUCGGCACAAGAUUCAACAACUGAUUGCUAAAGUUGGCGAAAGUUGCCUUAAAUGUGAAGCCAUUAACAUAGGCCAAGCUGCUUUUGAUACUACCAUUAAUUUGUUGUCCAACACUAUGUUUUCAGUGGAUUUGGUUGACCCAAAUUCAGCUAGAGCGCAAGUAUUCAGGAAAACAGUUUACAGUAUCAUGGUAGAGGCAGGGAAGCCUAAUUUGGCUGAUUAUUUCCCUUUGCUUAGAAAGAUGGAUCCACAAGGUGUACGGCGCCGGAUGACUGUUCAUUCCGACAAGUUGCUUAAACUUUUCGGCAAUAUGAUGGAUGAAAGACAGCAAUCAAGAAAAUCCCCAGAUUAUACCGCAUCAAAUGAUGUUUUGGAUACUCUUCUCGACAUCAUUGAAGGCGAUAUCGAAGAACUUAAUAAAGAUCAUAUCAAACACUUAUUUCUGGUUCUAUUUGUCGCCGGAACUGAUACGACAUCAAAUACAUUAGAGUGGGCAAUGGCAGAAGUACUUCGAAAUCCACAUGUUUUACUUAAAGUCAAGAAAGAAUUAGAUCAAGUAAUCGGUAAAGGGAAACCAAUUGAGGAAUCAGACAUAAAUAGUUUACCAUAUUUGCAAGCAAUUAUCAAAGAAACCUUUCGAAUGCAUCCUGCAGUCCCGCUAUUACUUCCGCGUAGAGCUGGCUCCGACACCGACCUUUGUGGUUUCCACGUUCCAGAGGGUUCACAAGUGUUGGUUAAUGCAUGGGCCAUCGGUAGAGAUUCAAGUAUUUGGGAAAAUCCAAACAGUUUUAUGCCAGAGAGAUUCUUGGGGUCCGAAAUUGAUGUCAAAGGUAGGGAUUUUGGGUUGAUUCCGUUCGGAGCUGGACGCCGAAUAUGCCCAGGAUUACCUUUGGCGAAUCGAAUGUUGUAUCUGAUGUUAGGAUCUCUUAUUAACUCUUUUGAUUGGAAACUUGAAGGUGGGAUCUCACCACAAGAGAUGAACAUGGAAGAGAAGUUUGGACUCACCGUUCAAAUGGCUGAACCUUUGCAAGCAAUCCCUGUUGUUAUCUGAAAAGCCUGUUUAAAUUCCAAAGUGAAAAUGUUCGUAGCUUGUUAUUGGCUUUAUCUUUUCUUAGGACAAUGUAUCCUUGUUCUUAUCUGAAAAACCUGUUUAAAAUCCAAGUGAAAAUGUUCGUAGCUUGUUUUUGGCUUUAUUCAGACAAAUGAUCACAAGCUUGUCUAUUUCUAUCA